ACCGCCACCUCCAUUCCAUUCCAUUCCAUCCUGCCUUUCUCCUCUCCUCCCCUCGUGCUACGCUCCGCUCCGCCGCGCCACCAUCGCCUCCUCGCCCGCGCGGCGCUCCCGAUCGCCUGAUCCGGCCAGCCCGGCUCCGCGAGGGCUAUGGAGCUCGCCGCCGGGACGGGGCUCGUGCGGCCGCUGGGUGCCGGUCUCCUUCGCCGCGGCGGCGGCAGGAGAGCGGCCGGUCGCGCCGCCUUGCCGGGGCUCUCGCUGCCCCACCUUGUCGCGAGGCGGGCGGUCUCUGCCGCGGGGGGCGGGCAUCUCCUCCCCAGGCACGCCGUUCGCUCGGCCCGCGGCGGUGGGGAGUUCCACGGCGAGGUUGCCGCCAGCGACCGGCCGUCUCCGACGCGCGCGUUUCCCUCCGAUGGUGCGAAGGAUCCUGCUGCCGCGGUGCGCAGUUUAGAGGGGGAUCAUCCUGGAGAAAUCAGGAAGGAACUAGCGAAUCUGGCUUUGCCGGCCAUAGUUGGGCAGGCACUCGAUCCUGUGGCGCUGUUAUUGGAGACUGCAUAUAUUGGCCGUUUAGGUCCUGUGGAGCUGGCCUCAGCUGCCGUGGGUGUGUCGGUCUUCAACAUUAUAUCAAAGCUGUUCAACAUACCACUCUUAAGCAUCACGACCUCGUUCGUGGCUGAAGAUGUUUCAAGACAUGAUUCCUCACAGUUUACUUCAGAGGGAAACAUAUCUAGUGAUGCUGGAGGAAGGAAGAGGCUUCCCUCCAUAUCUUCCGCUAUACUUUUGGCGGCUGCAAUUGGUAUCAUUGAGGCCUCAGCAUUGAUUCUGGGGUCUGAAAUUCUCCUGAGCAUUAUGGGCGUGUCACAUGCAUCAACCAUGCAUAAUCCUGCAAAGCUGUUUCUUUCUUUAAGGGCACUUGGUGCUCCUGCCGUAGUGGUUUCAUUGGCUAUUCAAGGUAUCUUUCGUGGAUUGAAAGAUACAAAGACACCUCUACUUUACAGCGGCUUGGGUAACAUCUCAGCUGUGGCUCUACUUCCCUUUUUUGUGUAUUCGCUGAACCUUGGAUUAAACGGAGCAGCUCUUGCAACUAUUGCUUCACAGUAUCUUGGUAUGUUUCUGCUCCUCUGGUCUUUAAGCAAAAGGGCAGUUCUAUUGCCUCCAAGAAUAGAAGAACUAGAUUUUGUUGGGUACAUAAAAUCUGGUGGUAUGCUUUUAGGGAGAACUCUUUCUGUUCUUAUAACAAUGACCCUUGCAACGGCAAUGGCUGCUAGGCAAGGCACAGUAGCUAUGGCUGCUCAUCAAAUAUGUCUACAGGUUUGGCUGGCGGUAUCACUACUUUCAGAUGCAUUGGCUGUUUCUGCCCAGGCAUUGAUUGCAAGUUCGUUUGCGAAGCUUGACUAUGAAAAGGUCAAGGAGGUCACAUACUAUGUAUUGAAGACAGGAGUAUUUGUUGGCGCAGUUUUGGCCCUUCUUCUUUUUGCCUCUUUCAGUAGACUUGCAGAACUGUUCUCUAAAGAUCCUGCGGUUUUACAAAUUGUAGGGAGUGGUGUUCUGUUCGUUAGUGCCAGCCAGCCAAUUAAUGCCCUAGCUUUUAUUUUUGAUGGACUUCAUUUUGGUGUCUCAGACUUCUCAUAUUCGGCUUCUUCAAUGAUCACUGUUGGGGCCAUAUCCUCUUUAUUUUUGCUGUAUGCUCCAAAAGUUUUUGGCCUUGCUGGGGUUUGGGCUGGGCUGGCUCUUUUCAUGGGUUUGCGCAUGACUGCAGGAUUUUGGAGAUUGAGUUCGAGUGCAGGCCCUUGGUGGUUUUUGCACCAGAAAGAACCAACAUACAAAUUACACUCAAGUACAUGUUGAUGUCGGGCUGCAGGAGCUAAAUAGAAAGAUAGACAGAGAAUGGAACUGAUGAAAGGAUGAUUCCGUCAUUAGAGAAGCUGAACCUCUUGGAUUUCUUGAGAAUAAUGCUUCCUUCGUCAACCUUGUCAUAAAACCUCUCUGGUAGCAUUGCAAUCAAGCAAGACGACAUGGCAAAGGAGAAGCUGUAGUCAGGAACCAUCCCAUGCUUUUGUAAAGGAAUGCUUCGCUUGAAGUAAGCUUCAAUUACUUUUGAGAUCGUCCAUCUCUGAAAUAACAGAUGGAAAGAAACACUUUCAGAUUUUGUGGAUGCUCAAGCUAAUUAUUAUCCGAAUGAAAGUUGCAACAGUUUUGAAACUC